AUGCCAUCAGCACAAGAAAGUUUUGAGAGGGUCAUCUACAAAGGAGAGGUUGAAGAGAAGAAUAGAAUUAUACUGGAAGUUGCAAAAGCAGAACGUGAUGAGACAAAGAAAGAGCUCCAUAAAGCUAAAGAGAAAGCUGUCCAGUCCUGGCUUGACUCCGAGCCUCUCAUAGAUGAACUUGAAAAGCAGAAAGCCAAUCUAGCUAAUGCUCAACAAAAUUCAAAAACACCAAAAACUGACAUCUUGGAGUUGGAAUCCCAACUAGAGAUUAUCCAAAUGAACAUCAAAUCCAAAAGGGAUGACCAUCUCAAGACAGAAAAGAUGAUCUAUGAAAUCAACCAUGCAUUGGAUCAAGCACGCAAUGAAAUGGAAAGGCUCAAGCUCAACAUAAAGAAAGAAAAGCAAACAAGGGCAAAACUGAAGCAAACCCUGCAUCUAAGGAGGCGGGCAGUUCAAACCUUGCAGCUCACGCUACAAGCUGUACUACUUGAGUCAGAUGCUGUGGAAGUAUCUAAAGCAGAAGCUUUUCGACAGAUCAGUCAUUCAGAAAAUCACACAUCUGUUGUCCAGCUUAAUCAUAAAGACUGCUAUGACCUAACAAGAAGAGCUGAAGAAAGAACAUCACAGGCAAACUGGCGUGUUUCUAUUUCCGCUGAACAAAAGCUUGCAGCAGAGGCUACCCAUGAAUUAGCAUUAUCCAAAUUGAACCACUUUUAUUCCAGCAGAACAUUGAGUACAAAGAGAAGAAAUACAACAGGCCAAUUGCACAAGGAAAAGGAUGCAAACAUCAAAGAUGCAAUUGUUCAAGAGGAAAUAACAACUAACAUAAACAGUGCUUUACCCAAAUCCCAUGCUAAAUCAUUAGUCAAGUCUGAAGGGGGGGAAUCACAACACUCCAGAAGAUCACCAAGUAAUAUAAAAACAACAAAGAAGUCAUCCAUUUUGUACAAAAUGAGAAAAUGUCUUCAAAAGAUGAUAAGGAAAAUGGGUGGGUGA